AUGUCGCAACUCCAACCUCCUCCGUAGUAGAAUCUCGUUACGAUCUGUCUUUUUACACUUGUAACACUUAUCAAGAUCAUAGAACCCAAGAAAGUGUAAAUAGGAGGUAAUUCACUAAAGGACACCUUCUAUUUUAUCCUAAUCUACUGACAGAUACACAUUUUCCCUCCAAAAAUGAGGAUCGAGGAAGGGAAAGCAGUAUCUCCUUCCAAAAGCCCUACAAUGGCCGACGGAGUCGAACGCAUGGACAACGAAAGCAUAAAACCGGAGAAGAUGUUCACGCUGAAAAAGUGGAACGCCGUCGCGAUGUGGAGCUGGGACGUCGAGUGCGAUACGUGCGCGAUUUGUCGUGUGCAAGUAAUGGACGCGUGCCUUCGCUGUCAGGCGGAGAGCAAGCGGGACUUCUACGGCAAGCAGGACUGCGUCGUAGUCUGGGGCGAGUGCAACCACUCGUUUCACUACUGCUGCAUGUCGCUGUGGGUUAAGCAGAACAAUCGUUGCCCGUUGUGCCAGCAGGAGUGGUCCAUACAGCGCAUGGGGAAGUAAUGGUGUGGUUUUUGUUAUUAACUUAUUUCGUCUAGUUGGGAUAAUUGUAAUAAAAAGGGAAUGUAAUUGUG